UGGUCCGUUCCCUCAGGACAGACGCGACUUGCAGACAUUGCCACAGCCUCAAACGGUCGCCUAUUUAUAGCAGGACUCUCUGGCUGCCAUGUUGCUGCCUGCCUCGUCCGCCCCAGAGGAGAUACUGCGGCUCUGAGUCACGGUCCUGGAUCUGCGCGCUGUGUGGCUCUCAAGUUCACCGUGUUGCUUAAUUAGGACAUCCCGGAAGAGUAUCUGUCCUGUGCGCAGAGUGACGGUGCAGGGAGGCAGGAGGGGGACCCUGCGCAGCAGCACACAGCCACGAGCCCGUCCUCAACAAAAUAUCGGGAGAGAAAUUUACCGCGGAUCAGAGGAGUAAGGUUUGUCGCCAUGGAAGGUUUAAUGGAGCGGCUGGAGCGGGCUGUGACUCGCCUGGAGAAGAUGUCCAUCAUCAUGCAGGCCUCCAACGGCAUGGCUAACGGGGAUUGUGUCAACGGCAUCGAUGGAGGUUUGUCUCAGUGUGUCGAGGCCUUUGACGUCAUACUGAAAGGUCCAGUCUUAGACUACCUGAACAACAGCCAAGCCAUAGGAAACGAGGUGGAGAAACAUGCAGAGAUGGUGAACGACGCCCUGCAGACUCAGAGAGCUUUGCUCAAAAUGGCUGCCACGCACCAGGAGCCUGCACAGAUGGAGUUUCGUGACCUGCUGAAGCCAAUUUCAGAUCACAUCCAGGAGAUCCAGAGCUUCCGAGAGCGAAACCGCGGCAGCAGCCUCUUCAACCACCUGUCGGCCGUCAGCGAGAGCAUCCCUGCUCUAGGCUGGGUGGCUGUGAGUCAGAAGCCUGGUCCGUAUGUGAAGGAGAUGAAUGAUGCUGCCACCUUCUACACCAACAGAGUGCUGAAGGACUACAAGGACACCGACAGACGUCAUGUAGACUGGGUGCGUUCCUACCUGUCAAUCUGGACCGAGAUGCAGUCUUUCAUUAAACAGCAUCACACUACAGGACUGGUGUGGAGCAAGAUUGGUCCUAUUGCUCCUCCUUCCCUCUUUGACUCCCCCAGCGCUCCCUGCCCCCCACCUCCCCCUCCGGGCCCACCUCCGGUCUUCACCGAUGAUGACUCCCAGCCUCAGACGGGCAGUGUGACGCCCCAGCAUUCACUGCUGUUUGCCCAGCUUAACCAGGGCAUGGAGAUCACUAAAGGUCUCAGGCAUGUAUCAGAUGACCAGAAGACCCAUAAGAACCCCAAUCUACGCUCGCAAGCAACACCGACCAACACAAAGUCCACCGGGGCUGUAAACUUGCCCAGAGCAGCCGUCCAGAAAAGACCUCCUCUGCUGGAGCUGGAAGGGAAGAAAUGGAGGGUGGAAAACUUUGAGCAGAAACACGACCUACUGAUUGAGGAGACGGAGCUGAAACAAGUGGUCUACGUCUUCAACUGUAACAACUCCACCUUGCAGAUUAAGGGCAAAAUUAACUCCAUCAUCCUGGAUAACUGUAAGAAGCUGGGUUUGGUUUUUGAGAACGUUGUUGGGAUUGUGGAGAUCAUCAACUCCAAGGCAAUUCAGUUACAGGUGUUGGGAAAAGUUCCCACCAUUUCCAUCAACAAGACAGAGGGCUGCCAGGUCUACCUGAGUAAAGACUCCCUCGACUGUGACAUCGUCAGUGCCAAGAGCUCUGAGAUGAACAUCCUGAUACCACAAGGAGAUGACGAAUAUCGGGAGUUUCCAGUGCCGGAGCAGUUCAAGACUGUUUGGGAUGGCUCCAAACUGGUGACGGAGCCCACUGAGAUUGCAGGCUGAUCAGUGCUUCAUCGUCUUCACCACUGGCACACCAAUCAUCACCGAUGGUUUUAAAACAAAAUAAUCUCUCCGUCCCAGUGCUUUUAUUGGGUUUCAGUGAAAAAAAUAAUAAUAAAAAUCCCUUUUCAGAGAAAAGGGAUUUUCAUAGGCAGGCACCGCAUUGGAUUGGCUUUUGGUUCCUGCUCAUUGUUGCUGUAUUUCAUGUCUCUCUAGCACUUUCAAACAUUUGAUUAUGAGGAACCAGUGAGUAGGUUGAUAAUCCCUCUCUACAAAGUACAUCCCUACAGAAUAAAUACAUAUCUCAGGUUUAAGUCCCUCAAACCCAUUUGUAUUUACCUUUUCUUACAUUUCUGUGCCAUAGCAAUAAAGGCAUUUAUGUAAGAAUAUGUAACUGGUAGCAAUCUUACAAGGUCUUCUCAUUACAUUUUCUGGAUUAGCAAUAUUAUAACUGUAAUCUCCAUUCAUUGUUGUGAUUCACUGUAUUUGAGUUGACGCACAAUUUAGACCACAGUAGGGUUUUGAAAAAAUAUCAAUUUACGAUUAUUUUGACACAUUUUCGAUAUGAACAUAUUGAAAUGAAUAAGGUCUGGUUUUUGCGGAGAUCUGUACCAAACAAAGAUGUUUUCGUAAAUCUGCAGAAUAUGAUGUGUAGUCCGGACAUCUCACGAGCACGACAAUUUAAUUUAAAAUGGUAUUUUGACAACAAAACAAGAAUUGCGCCUCCUGCAAUUUGAAAAUUGCAGUAGGCCAUGUUGCAAUUUUGAUAAACUUUCGAUUAAUUGUUCAGCCCUAAGAAGUAGCACAUUAUUUUACAGAAAAGGCUAACGAUCACACAAUAUGCACAUACAACAUUUAGUGGCCAAGCAGACAAGAAUAACUUGGGAAUUAAGUGUAGGACUUCUUGGUAUAUUUUCAAUCUGAUGAAGUGUAUCUUAGUUACCUCUUUAUAUGUGUAUCAAGCAUGAUAGUCAUGUAGUACCGUUUCACUUAGUGAGUGAAUUUAUGCAGCAUUGUUAACUAUAUUUUGCAAUAACAGCAGAUGUCACAUUCUGGCUAAUGCAAAACACUAUAUGUAAAGUGUAAUCAGUAAGCCCAGAUGGAUGUAAUAUCAUGUGUUCAGCAGGAGACAUUAAAUCAACUUAAUUAUUAACUAAAUACGUGGCUACCAAUUACUCUGCAUAGUUAGAAAUCAAGCUUUCACACUUAAGCACUUCCGUCUCUAUAUGACUUUGUACAUCCGUCUGUUUUGUAGGAUGUAGCACAUGGCACCAUCAUAAGGGAGAAGAUAGUGAACACUACUAAAGCUUUUAAAACAUUUUAAUUCACAUGAAAACAAUUUGAUGUAACUGUGUAUUGUUUUUCAAAUAAAAUCCAAACCCUCA